AAAAAAAAAGUCAAUGCGCUCAAAAGCUUAAACAGAUCUCAAAGUUUUUCGUUUUUUUUUUCUCUGAGUAUAUGCUAUGCUUUGUGUAACUCGUUAUUAGAUAUUUAAAAUUGCUUUCGAUUUUUAGUAUUGACAACUUCAAAGAUUUUAUUACAAAGGUUUGUUUUUGUUGUUGCUGCGGUGCUGUCUUUUAAAGAAAAAAAUGGCAAACAGAGAGAUGGCUGUAUACUGUUUCGACACUUUGGUCUCUCACUACAACAAAGAAGACACACCUCCACCUGCCUUUGAAGACUCCAUACAUCCAUGUUUUGUCACCUGGAAGAAAGCAGUGAAUGGUGGUGAGCCUCGAUUUCGAUUGCGUGGAUGUGUAGGUACUCUAGAAGCACACCGCUUGAGCAGUAGCUUCAAGGAAUAUGCCUUGAACGGUGCCCUGAGGGAUCAUAGGUUCCCACCAAUACAACCAGGAGAACUGCCGUCUCUGCAAUGUACUGUCUCUAUCGUGACUGAUUAUGAAACUCCAGAGGAUUAUCUUGAUUGGGAGGUGGGAAAGCAUGGUAUAGUCAUUGAGUUCAGUGACCCUGUAGCUAACGUAAAGCGAAGCGCCACAUACUUGCCUGAGGUGCCAGUUAAUGAAGGCUGGACAAAGCUAGAGGCAAUAGACUCGCUGGUGCUUAAAGCAGGGUACGACGGUGAAAUAACUGAAUCGGUGCGUAGGAGAAUCCAUCUAUCACGUUACCAGACUACAUUGUUCAGGAUGCAUUAUAGUCAAUACAUAGCGUAUGUGAAGGCCACGAGAGGCAGUGUCGCCCCAACUAUUAACGAGACCAGCAAUCACGCUAUGACCUUGUCUUGAUUUGCACUGUAAAGACUGCUAAUGGGUUGCAUCUCCUCCUCAUUUAUCUUUGUAUUUGUGCUCUCUCUGAUUAAAAGAAGCUUCUUCUUCAGGGAGACUCGAUUUGGCUUCUUCACAGUUGUAUUGCAACAAUGUUAUUAAAUCAAAGGAACCAACUCUGAUCA